UACAGGAUGGUGGUUCCAGGCACCUUCUCUGCCCACCCACCCCUCUUUCCAUUGUGCAACAAUUCAGAGCUGGUAUCCUGCUUGUUUGUGCGUGUCUUCUGUCCCCUUUGCUUCAGUCUUUUUUCUUUCCUGAAAGGAUUGUGUUUGGCUUCUAGACUCUGAAGCUGAGGAGGAGAUGGAAUUACUGUUGUUCAUGACUGGAAAAUGCUAUUGAAGCUUCUGUAGAGGGAUGUGGAAGGCAGUGGAGGGCUCUGAGGCCAGUUUCUAUCCUCACUCUGGCCUCUGGGAACUGAGGGUAUCUGUGGGGUCAGCUUGUUGGAAGUGGUCAGGGUUGGGCUAGGAUUCCCCAGACUUUCUAAAGAGGCAUCUGGUAUCCAGGGGCUCAGCUGAGCUGGGUGUGGCAAGAGCCUGGGCAGAAUGGGGACAGGGAAGGCUUAGCUAUCUUUUCUUUCUGUUUACAGUUUCUUGGAAGUGACACAAUCCAUCUUCUCCCUGAGCCUGGCAUGCUGUAUACUUUUGAAUCUUCAGGAGUCCUUUCAAUCUUCCAGUGAUUUACUUUGCGUUUAAUCAGCAAAAUUGGAUGUCAGGCUUUUCACAGACAUCAGAAAGUGGACAGUUCAAAGUUAUUCCUUGGUAAGGGUGUGGAAUAUAAGACCUCACAGCUGCUGAUUAAAGGCAGAGCCAUACACUUCACAGCUCAGUGAAGCAGAUGUGUCGCCGAGGUGGUUCCUCAGGUCCAUCCCAAAGAGGAACUGCUCGCGGGACGCCUCCGAGCGCACCUGGGGGCACCUUCCUCGCCAACCCGGCCGCAGGGAGAGGGGCUUCGCUCCAGGCUACGCGCUUUGUCCCCGCGCGGCCCCCGUCCACCUCCCUGUCGCUUCCCCGCCGGCCGAAAAGUUUCUCCAGGUGCGGGAUUCCGGGCUCGGCGACCACCAGCGCGAAGUGUGAGCGCCAGUCGGGAGCCAGCACGCCCGCCGGCCCAGCUCUCAUGUAUGACUGUAAGUCUAGUGCAUCAUUAACCCAAGGACCUCACCACUUGGAAGUUACAGUUUUCACCAUCAGCUUACCUUAUCCUUUUUGGGCCAGUUCUUUUCUUCAAACAGUAAAAGCCUCUUUCUUUCAAGUUGCUUUUGGUGCACAGUUAAGCAAAUGGCUGAUAGUGGCUUUGGUAAAAAAUCAACAAAAUGCUCCAAAUGUUCAUCUACUUCUCAGAAAAAUGUACUUUGUGUAUGUUCUUGUAAAACAAGGCUUUCUCCAAUGUCGGUGGUGGAAAUGUCACAGACAUCAAGCAUUGGUAGCUCAGAAUUUCCAGUUUCAGCAGAGAGAAAAAAAGAAAGACAACCCAUCAAAGAUACUGUCUCUGGAAAAGAUUUGCCCUCAAGAACCACAGAUGUAGAGAGAAAACCAUCUCAACAACAAUGGAGUCGGAGCAACUUUACAGAAGGGAAAGUUCCUCACAUAAGGAUGGACGAUGGAGCUGCUAUUCAGGAAAUCUAUACCUUUGGAAGAAUAUUGGGACAAGGGAGCUUUGGAAUGGUCAUUGAAGCUAUAGACAAGGAAACAGAAACUAAGUGGGCAAUUAAAAAAGUGAACAAAGAAAAGGCUGGAAGGUCUGCCGUGAAGUUACUUGAACAGGAAGUGAACAUCCUAAAAAGUGUGAAGCACCAACACAUCAUACAUCUGGAACAAGUAUUUGAGACACCUAAGAAAAUGUACCUUGUGAUGGAGCUUUGUGAGGAUGGAGAACUCAAAGAAAUUCUGGAUAGGAAAGGCCAUUUCUCAGAGAAUGAAACAAAGUGGAUCAUUCGGAGUCUCGCCUCUGCUAUAGCCUAUCUUCACAAUAAGGAUAUAGUGCAUAGAGAUCUAAAACUGGAAAACAUAAUGGUUAAAAGCAGCUUUAUUGAUGCUAAUGAUGAAAUGAACUUAAACAUAAAGGUGACUGAUUUCGGCUUGGCGGUGAAGAAGCAGGGCAGGAGUGAAGCCAUGCUGCAGACCACCUGUGGGACCCCCAUCUAUAUGGCCCCUGAAGUUAUCAAUGCCCACGACUAUAGCCAGCAGUGUGACAUUUGGAGCAUAGGUGUCAUAAUGUACAUUUUAUUAUGUGGAGAACCACCCUUUAUGGCAAGCUCAGAAGAGAAGCUUUUUGAAUUAAUAAGAAAGGGAGAAUUAAAUUUUAAAAAGUCAGUCUGGGAUUCCAUAAGUGAUUCUGCUAAAAGUGUUUUGAAACAACUUAUGAAAGUAGAUCCUGCUCACAGAAUCACAGCUAAGGAACUACUGGAUAACCAGUGGUUAACAGGCAAUACACUUUCUUCGACGAGACCAACCAAUGUGUUAGAAAUGAUGAAAGAAUGGAAAAAUAACCCGGAAAGUGAUGAGGAAGGUGCAGCAGACCAAAAGAACAACUGGUCCAUACAAGAAAAGCUGAAAGAUUUCCAGCCCAGUAGAAAUGUCCAUGAUGUCAGGAACUCUUCAGAUGAAGAAGAGGAAAAACAGCCCACUGUUUAUGAAAAGACAUCUUCUGUGCCCAGUAAGAAGGAAAAUAUGGACGACUUGGACACCAGUUAUUCAAGUUACACAUCUAGUAGGCUCCUUCCUGUUGAACUCAAGGGAGAUAUGGAGAAACCCGCUGUGACUUCAAGCCAAGGAACAGCAACCAAAGGCACUUCUAAAGCCAUUGCCCUGCCUAGAACCAAAAAGAACCUCUAACAAUGCUGAAUGCUACAAAAACAGAGCUGCUCUUUCUAGUGCUAAAAACGAGGGGAUAGGAGGAGAAAGGACAAUACUAUGUCGAGCUUUUAGCCUUUUAGCUGCGCUGAGCCCUGCCACAUGUUUUCACCAGUUUAAAAUUGAAGCUAGUUCUCUCCAAAGCAGCAUGGUGUUAAAGGGCUGAAACCACCAGGCUGGAUGGCGCAUGCAGCCGAAAUCAGCUCCAAGUGUUCUCGAGAGUUGUUUAGAGGAGCAGAUGCCCUCAAAGCAAGGCUGUGGGCACACUGGCCCAGUUUUACGUCAAAUUCUUACAUUUAGGCACAAUUACUUAAGGGGAAAAUGAGAGCCAAAUAUGGUCAUGGAGGGUCCAAAUGAUUAUGUGCACUUUGCACUGGAAGAUUUGUUAGGAAAUUACUAAUAAACCUGCCACAGGCAUAACAGAAGUGCUUCAGCCAUUCAUGUGUGUUCUUGUGAUUUUAGGUUGCUGUAGAUUGUUUAAGACAACUUAUUUUAAAUGUAGAAAAAAAGAUUUUGUAACUGCUUGCCCUUAACUUGCUGCUAAAUUCCCAAUGUGUUGAUUGAAUCAAUAAAACCCAGAUGU